ACUAUGGAAACCACCUAUUCGUUAAUUAACAACAAUGUAAGGCACUUUGCAUCGUAACCAUACUAGUACCUGCAUCUUCGCCGUGGUAUACAGCGCAUCAGUCGCGCCUACCAUAUCUACUAUUCGCCAGCGACACCGGCAUCGCGGCGCUGAUACUUCUCUUCUGUUGAAGACGUUCUAUUCACUGAAGUCGACGCUGAUUGGGCGGGAGUGAGAACUGAGAUGCUGCUUACUAAACCCAAGUCAGGAGAUUAUACUCGCGCUCAAUAUGCACCCCCAUCCCGAAAGAGCAUCAACUCCAAUUCAGUCAGAGUAGUGCGCACUUCAGACGCGGGCCAUGUCCAAGGAGGGCUUUCUGUUGCUGCACGACGAGGGCCGCCGUAGCCACAUCUACUACUGCGUGCUGGGUGAGGGUAAGCUGCAGUUUUACACCAAACGCGACCGCGGCGUGAUGGUCCGAGAGGUCAUUCUCUCGCGCUCUAGACUCAAAGUGCGAGGCAUCCCGGACGUGGACGGCCGCGGCUGUCCUUACAGCUUCUCCGUCAGGCUACAGCGGUCCAGGAUCCGAGACGGCAGGGUGUUAGUCUACGGGACUCCCGUGCUGCUGGUGAUGAGUGCACCCACGUGGGGAGAGCGCAAGGCCUGGGGCAACGCCAUUCACGCCUGGCAGCGCAACUAUUGGGGCGAACCGCAGCACAAGGCGCUGGGCCUGGCGCCCGACGAGCUCGAGGUGUUCUUCGAGACGCAAUAUAAGGCUCUACAAAUGGUGUUGCAGACUGCGGUGCCCGAGUCGACCAAGCAUGAGGGUGGAAGACCAAAGAAGCAAAGGGCCACGGCGGCGGCGGCAGCGGCUGUAGCAGUGCCCAAGGUUCUGUUUGGCAGAGCACAGGCGGUGAAGAAAGUGGGCAACAAAAUGAGCAAGAAAUUGAGGGAGAAAGCGGUCACUUUUUCGUUGCCGCCAAUGGGGCUGAGCGUGUCCACGUCCGUGCCGACGGUGUAAUUGGGGAGAGCGAUCGUGUGAAAAUGGUUCUGGUAGAUAGGAACUAAUUCGAUUUUAACUUAUAUACAUACUUUGUUGAAGUAAGA